AAUGUUGUCUUUCAUGCUCACCAGCGUGGUUAAGAAGGUUAAGAAAGUGUAAGAAGUUAUGUGCCAACUGUUUCGUGCGUAAAGUUGAGAUAUUGCUUUAGACAAUGUCCGACGAUCACGAAAGAGGUAAAAAACGGAAGAAAAAGCGGUCUCACGUUCAGAUGGCGAAAAAAUUGGCCCGACGAAGAAACCACGGGUACUCGGACGUCGAUGCCGAAACUUAUCAGUACAUGGUGCAUAUUUUGGAGUUGAUGAAAAGCGAUUUCUCAACCACAGAGGAGAAAUUGAUAUUUGUAAAUAACGUGUACGAACAAACUGUCGGCCACGAGCUCGAAUACGCCCAGAAUCAAGUUGGAUCCAGGAUACUGGAUUCGCUGUUAAAGUACGCGAGCUUGGAGACGAUUCAGAGGUUAGUUAACGCUUUUCAACCCUCUUUCCGACUUCUCAGUAGCGACAGGUUCGCUAGCCACGUUUUGCAAAAGAUCAUAGUGGUCUGCGCCGACAGAGGAAACCGGAACACGCUUUCGAAAUCGUCCUCGGAGCCGAACGCAGAUGCCAGUAUAGAGGUUAUAAGUAUAGAGGUUAAGGAGCUGGAAGUAGACACUUACAACGACAUCGUGUUGAAGCUGAGUAAAUAUUUCAUUAACAACAGAGAGGAAUUUGUAUUCGAUACGUAUGCGAAUCAUGUUUUAAGAACUGUCCUAGAAUGUCUCGGUGGUCUCAUCGAUAAGCCUGACAACAGCAUCAAUAAGAGAAAGCUGAUGCUUGGUGAAAAACGACCAGUCGUACAGAGUUACAAAGACUUGUUGUACGAAACGUGCAACUCGUUGUACAACUGGCCUAGAUUCAGGGAAUUUGGUCAAGACGAACUUACAUCUGGAUUGUUACAGAGCACCUUGUAUUCUUUGAACGAUGUAUUCCCAGAAAUAAUGGAAGCGUACAUCAGGAAAAUUACAAACGAAUGUUUCAGACCAAAGAUGGAGGAGCAGCAGUUGCCCAACAUUUUUCAGGAGGAAAGUUCAACCAGACUACUGGAGGCUUGUUUAUCGGUAGCAAGUCCCAAGUGUUUCUUCGCCAUAUACAAAGACUAUUUUUCACACAAUUUGAAGCAAUUGUCGUUGAUGCGGAGCACAAAUUUCAGCGUGCAGCGACUGUUCGAUCACUGCAACGUGAAGGAACACUUUGAACAAUUAUUCGAAGAAAUUCAUUCGCAUUUCUUCGACAUUCUCGACAAGGGUCAUACCGGUGUUUUAGUCAGCGUGGCGAACGCGUGUUUAAGGUUACAAACGAAGCAAGGUGCAUUUGUAACUGAACUAUUGAACGUUCUUGAUUGCGGGGCAAAUGAGAAACAGCAUCGAAUAUUGGCGUGUGUGAUUAGCUUAAAAAAGUCUGAGAAUUGUGAGACUUCUGAAGGGAAAAUGGAAAAUGACUCAAGAUGUUUGAUCAGCUUACAUGGAAGUCUGAUUGUACAGGCCAUUCUUAAGUUUAACAAACCUAUAAAGAUGGUCAAUUCCUUGUUGGAAACGGACGUAGAAAAAAUAGUGCAGAUAUUCGAAGAUCCAAAAGGCAGUCGUAUUGUAGAUGCUUUUAUGGACAGCAAGUAUGUUGGUGAAAAAAGUAGGGAGAAGCUUGCGAAAAAAUUAAAAGGGUACUGGUCACAAUUAGCUAAGAGCACACACGGUUCCAGAAGCUUGGACAGAAUAUGGGCUUGGGCAUCUAUAAAUCAGAAGAUAUUGAUCAUGGAGGAAUUGGCAAAAAUCGGAGAAUCUUUACGUUCGACCAUGUCUGGACAAAUCAUGUCCAAAAAACUGAACGUUCCGCUGUUUGUGAGAAACAGGAAUGACUGGAAGGAAGGAUUGGGGAAGGAAGAAAAGACGAAAGCUCUUUUUGCAAAUAUAAUAGGAGACACUAUGAAGAAGGAAAAGAAGAAGUAACGCGUUUUUAUGAAAUCAUGCUGUCUACAUUAAAUAAACAUUGUUCUACACUACACGUAUGUCAACGAAUCAAAGAGACACUUAUGCAGAAGAGAAUGAUGAUCAGUGCUUGUUCUUUAACCAUUAUGACACAGAAUAAUCAUGUAUUUCGUUAAUUCAUAAAUACAAUCUAUAGAAUCCAUCAUA